GAGUGGAAUAAUAAUAAUGUAUUUGAUUUAUAUAGCGCUUUUCUCACAAUCAGUCCUUGGUUACCUCCAACAUAGGUUUGCAACGGUGCUGGUAUUUUUUUAUGGCCUUGUGUUUUUGAGUUCUGCUCCCCUGGUAGGUUUAGUCAGCGGGUUCUGUUUAGGGAAACCGUUGUGCUCUCAACAAUAGCGUGGUGGUGAAAGUGGGCAGAGCUCUAUCUAGUAGAGCUCAGGAACACCUCAGUGGCUCCGGGGGGUCGCUGGUUUGUCCAGUUGCCUUUCCUACCCACUGAUUUUGUGUGUAUAAUAACCAUUCGCAAGUAACCACUUGAAGACUAGGGUGGAGUUAGAUAGUUUGUGGUUGAGAUAGAUGGGGGAUUGAACUCUGUUUUCUUUUGGGCCAUUUUUUUAAGUUGGACCAGGCACUGUCCAGACCAGACUGUCCUCUUCUUUUUGUUAAGUGAACAGAAUGGGAUCUUUAGUAGAGGAGUUUAUUGAGGCUCCUUCAGAGGAGUUAUUGGAUAAUGUACCAAGGAACAGUUAUUAAAGCUGGCAGAACACUUUAAUAUUGAUUUGAUUCUGGCUUGUUAUUUUAGAGAAUGGAUCGGGAAGACGUGAAGGAAGAAAUUGUUUCAUUUUUACCGGGCCUCUCUCUUGAAACCCUGACUUCCCUGCUGGGAGUGUUGGAAGAGCUUGGCGUGGAGAGCAGGGCAGACCUUGCCUUUGUAGAAGCGAAGGAUCUGGAGAAGUACCUCAGACCAAUCCAGUGUCGCAGACUGCUGAACGGCAUUAAGAAUAAAGGUCUUCCACCAGUUGAAGUAGAAGAUCAUGUCGAAUCUCCACCCCUCACAAGUACUCCCUCGUCAAGUUCCGAAAUAACUUCAAACUCUUCCUUUUCAUCAUCCACCAUGCCUGGCAGGCCAUGGUAUACUGACUUCCGGGUCCGAUGGGAAGAGAUGCCAGCAGCUAUUGGCAAAGCGACGGCAGAUGAAAAAAGGCCAUCACCAGGGGACAGAAGAGACAUGAUAAAGACAGUGGUGGACCAAAUGUUAGUGCAUGAGCAAAACCCAACAAGAGCAACAUGCCACACGAUCGCCCGGAUGAUUGUGAGAGACUGGCCAAAAAGCUUUGCCGAUGUCGGACAAAAGGGAGAUAUGCUGGGAGACGGCUGCUACUCCCUUUUGCAACAAAUAAAAACAAGAGUUGAAUACAAAAAUAGGAACCAAACUCUUCAAACUCGGCGACGCAGGCAGCGCAGGCCCUCCAAUGUGGCGGCAGAGGGGGCAAUCGCAAUGGCCAGAGGCCCAGUAGACCAGUACGGUUGUGUACGGUGGUGUCCGGAAGAACUUCCUGCUGGAGAGACGGAGGCAACCUUGGAAGAAAAAAAACAACAACUACUGAACAUCUACGCAGAGGGAGGGAUGGGAGGGAUGGGAGGGGCAGAAACGGCUGAACAUCUGAUGGAGAAGACCUACAUCACCCAGCGCCAGUUCAUAAACAGGGUGCCUGCACCAGCCAUUGCUGAGAUAAAGGAGGAUUGGCCAUUCCUAUUCUCGCAGAGAGGCCUUUUCUCCCACUUCAGUCUGCUGACGGAUGUCUCCAUACAAACAAAGUAUGAAGAGGCUAUGAACAGCAAGGGCAGUACCAUCAUUCGCUUUUGCCAGCAGCUCAACCGUUCAGGGAUCAAGGACGUCCUCGCUAAAUACGAGCCAGAGGCGUCAGACAAGGCUGCAUGUGUCCUUCUGCUACUGAUGGCAUAUUUCAAAGAACCGAAGAAUGAAAUCAUGCUUGAGGCUGAUGUAAGUUGUUUCAAAAAGAAAAAAGCAGUAACAAUGAUGCUUAACGGUGUUUUGUGCACCCAACAGAGUCUUCAAGGCAGCGCUGCCUGGUUAAGGUUAGGGCCUUCCAGGCAGUGCUGCCUUGCAGACUCUGUCAGGGGCACAACACCAUCGAGCAUCAGUGACAUGAUGAAGCCAACCGCAUGGAUGCUCAGCAUUGAACAGAAGGUUGUGGUGGGACCACACCACUCCUUCAGCAACGGAAUAGCUGCAAUGUUUGCAAGCUAUUAUUGCUUCAACCUGCAGUAUCCUGAGGAGGGCUCCUCCACUUUGGAGUUUAUCCAAAGGUGCUUCUUGAGCAUCAAUCCAGAGAGGGGCUCCAAAGCCAAGAAAAAGCGCGGGUUGAUGAACCCACAUGUGAGCACACUCUUGAGGAAGAUAUUGGACUUCGAAUGGAUUUCAAUGUAGGGUGAAAUGUGCCGUGACGUCAGCGUUACCAGAGAAACCGUUUUCACCAGUUUACGAAUUACCAAAACAGUUGUGUUUUCGAAAGAUUCCUCCCUGGGAGGGGGUUUCAAAAGUUUGCGGUUUCAAGCCUGCGUUUUCUGUUGUUUUCUGUUCUGUAAUUUUUCCUAUAAGUAGAAAUGGG